AUGGAGAGAGAGGAGUUUGGGGAUCCUAAAAGGGCCCGUAUAUCAGGCCAGUUUCAUGGUGCCUCAUCGGGAGGUAGGGGAUCACAGAGAGGCUCAUACCGUUCACAGCAGCGACCUACAGGGCGAGGAAAUUAUAGUGGGUUUUCAGGGUCCACACAACAGUUCCCAGGUCAGAGAUUUUGUUUUACUUGUGGAGAUCCCGAUCAUCUAAUGCGGCAGUGUACUUCACAAAGGGGUCGUGGUGGGCCUCGACCUAAAUCUUCAUUCCAGACUAGACCACCAGCACCACAGGGGAGAGGUCGUGGCAGAGUUCAGUCAUGUAGAGGUGAUAGAGUUUCUAGUAGUGGUGUUGCAGCUCAGCAAAGUGGGGGUAGAGGUACCACCCAGGAUGGAGGUGGAUGA